ACUUUGCUUCUAUGCCUCAAUCACUCUGUGGUCGAAGCACUAGGACCGGUGUUGUCUGUAAUCUUGAGGCGACGAAGAAGUCGUUCCUGAAGGACACAUGGAGAGUAGCUAUAGACGGGUUCGAAACCGAGGGUGCCAUCUAUCACCUCUUACACCGCCGUGCCGUACCUCACAUUGCCGGGGUUGAAAGGAGCGGAGACGUUCAGACAGCUCAAGGGACGCAAACGCAAACGCGAACGCAAGAGUAUAAAUCACGUUCUUCCUCCGGCGAUCAUAUGCAUGGCCACGUCCAUUACCGCCUCAUUCUUGAUGUAGUAGGAGAGGAAAUCACCCAAUUUCAAUCGACGUGCACGUUUGUCAAGGCGGUGAUCGAUGUCUUAGAAGCCCACAGAGCCGCAUACAUCAGAUGCCAUAUUCUUCACCGCGAUGUGAGCGUAAAUAACAUGCUACUGCUACCAUCCGGUGAGGCCAUCCUAAUAGACUGGGAUACCUCUUGGAACUUGAAAAAAGAUGUAAAGCAGAGGCGAGAAGCCAGAACGGCAAGUCUUUCUCAUCAAUUGGGGUGA